AACAUCAAAAACAUUGAGGAAUUGGUUUCAAAACUUCACAAAGACAAGAAUCUGAUUUCGGAGUUACAAUAUGUCUCAAGUUAAUGUUUGUGAGGUUUGCGGCGACCCCAGCAGCGAAGAAAUGUUAAUACGUUGUGACUCUUGUAAGAAUUCGAUUAUUCACCGCUAUUGCAUGGUAAAAGAGCCAAGUCCUUCUAUAGAAUGUGUAACUUGGAUCUGUGAGGAUUGUCAUGGGAGUGACAACGAGUCUGAUGAGAAUGACAACAACCCUGAUGAGAGUGACAACGAGUCUGAUGAGAGUGAGAGCGAGUCUGAUCGUAGUGAAGUUACUUCAUGUGAGGACUAUGAGGGGAGUGACUUCGACUCUGAUAGUGAAUUUGAUUAUUUUCCAAAUACAAGAUAUCUAUGGUAUAAGAGUUACAAAAAAAGAAGAAAGAAAGAAUAACAUCAACCUUAGCUGUUGAGGACCAUAUUGAAACCAUUAACGUGUCUUCUUUAUGAGUUGAAGAAGAUGUUAAAAGUGAUCUAAGAGAUUUGUGUUCAUG